UUCCUUUUCUUCGUCACUUCCUGUCCCGCGUGACAGACCAAGUCGAGUUCGGGCAGGCCAGCCGGGCCUGUACGCCUCCUUUCCGGGAUGUCUCUCCGCUACGGCGGGGUCUCCGGCAUCCUUGGGUCCCGGGUACUUGGAAACUAUUUGUGUAGCCAGUACAAAACAUUAAGUUCUUUGCCAGACAAAAAGAAAGAGUUUAUACAGAAUGGACCAGACCUUCAGGAUUUUAUAUCUGGUGACCUUUCAGACAAGAACACCUGGGCUGAAUAUAAAGGAAAUUUGAAACGUCAGAAAGGAGAGAGGCUAAGCUUGCCGCCAUGGCUAAAAACAGAGAUUCCUAUUGGAAAAAAUUAUAAUAAGCUGAAAAAUACUUUGCGGAAUUUAAAUCUCCAUACAGUAUGUGAAGAAGCACGGUGCCCCAACAUUGGGGAGUGCUGGGGAGGGGGAGAGCAUGCCACUGCCACAGCCACCAUCAUGUUGAUGGGGGACACUUGUACAAGAGGUUGCAGAUUUUGUUCUGUUAAGACUGCAAGAAAACCACCUCCAUUGGAUUCUAAUGAGCCCUACAAUACAGCAAAAGCAAUUGCAGAGUGGGGACUUGAUUAUGUUGUGCUAACAUCAGUGGAUCGAGAUGAUCUACCUGAUGGUGGAGCUGAACACUUUGCAAAGACAGUUUUACAUUUAAAGGAAAGGAAUUCAAAUAUAUUAGUGGAAUGCCUGACCCCUGAUUUCCGAGGAGACCUGAAAUCUGUCGAGAAAGUUGCCCUCUCAGGAUUAGAUGUGUAUGCCCAUAAUGUGGAAACUGUUCCAGAAUUACAGAGGAAAGUACGUGAUCCCCGAGCCAAUUUUAACCAAUCUCUGCAAGUUUUGAAACAUGCCAAGAAGGUUCAGCCUGGUGUCAUUUCGAAAACAUCGAUAAUGUUGGGCUUAGGAGAGACUGAUGAGCAAGUAUAUUCAACAAUGAAAGCACUACGUGAGGCAGAUGUGGACUGUUUGACUUUAGGACAAUACAUGCAACCAACAAAGCGUCAUCUUAAGGUAGAAGAGUAUAUUACUCCUGAAAAGUUCAAGUACUGGGAAAAAAUAGGAAAUGAACUUGGAUUUUAUUAUACUGCCAGUGGGCCAUUAGUACGCUCCUCAUAUAAAGCAGGUGAAUUUUUCCUGAAAAAUCUAGUGGCAAAAAGGAAGACGAGAACCAUAUGAAUCUGUAAAUUGAUAAGACAUCUUAAAGUUCCUGACAUUAUUGAUCCUACACUAUUAGGCAUCCUUAACACCAGAAAUGCUUACAUCUGAUGGAAAUAUGCCCCAACUUUAUUUAACAUUCUUCAAGCAGUGAGGUGUUUUGUUUUGUCUUUUAAGUGAAUCAUUUGGAGAUUAGUUUUUCCUCAUCUUCCCCUUGAACUUUAGCUUACUGAAAUAAAAGCAUAAAACAUCUUGGUAA